AUGGAAGAAGCAAGAAAUAAAUAUCCACGUCCAAUAAAUGUUAUUGAAGGACCAUUAAUGAAUAAUAUGGAUAAAGUUGGAGUAUUAUUUGGUGAUGAAAAACAACAAAAUUUAAAAUUAUUACAACAACAAGAUAAUACAUCAAUAACUGGAUUAGAUUCACAAGUAACUAUUGUUUUGACUGCUGUUAAAGGUGAUAUUCAUGAUAUUGAAAAAAAUAUUGUUGGUAUUGUACUUGGUUGUAAUAAUGAUCGUGUUAUUGAUUUACGUGUUACGACACCAUGUGAUAAAAUUCUUAAAGUAGCUAAAGAAGAAAAUACAGAUUUUAUUGGUUUAUCUGGUUUAGUUACUUCAUCAUUAGAUGAAAUGAUUAUUGUCGCUAAAGAAAUGCAAAGAUUCAAUUUUAAUAUUUCAUUAUUAAUUGGUGGUACUAUUAGAUCUAAGUAA